AACAUCACCAGUGAACCUUUGAGGCUGGACUACCGGACCCUGGCUGCUUUGCCCAGUACUGGCCUACAGAGAGUCAAUCGCACUCAGAAGCCACCUUCACCACCUUCUCCAGAUGAGAUCCCCUUCAAUGUCAAGCAAGCAUACAAGACCUUUGCAGCAGUGCCCUUGUCACACCCUCUGCUUGAGACACAGGAACUGCCUGGUCAGACCAGCACAGAGAAUCCCAAAGCUGCCCUGGAGGUGACCACGCAGAGCCCCAGUGGCCUGCCCAGCCCUGAGCAGAGGUCCUUCCGCGAGAGGCAGAAGUACUUUGAAAUUGAGGUGAAGCAGCAGCAGAUGGACAAACCUCCCAAGCGUGUCUCCUUGGUGGGAGAGGAUGAUCUGAAGAAAAUGAAAGAAGAGGAAGCUCGAAAACUGCAGCAGAAACGUACCCUUCUGUUGGAGGAAGAAGCAGAAGAGGAUGAGGUGGUGAAACAGGUGCCUGAGAUGAGCAUGCAGUCCAGUGUCAUCAUUGAAGGAGUUGAGUACAAGAUUGAGAGACUAAAUGGAAGGAACACCCAGGCUCCAGCAACUCGGUCCUCUGAGGUCAAUGAGAACAACAGCUCACAGAGGAGUUCAGUGGAGGAGGGAAUCAAGCCUGAACAGAGAACCAACUCUGUGUCCGGAUUGAGUCCGUUAUACCUUGGAGCAGGGGAUCCAGUAGCACCAGUGAGGACAGCCAAAGCUGAGCGGCGGCACCAGGAGCGGUUGCGAAUGCAGAGUCCUGAGCUUCUGAGUGGUCAAGAGAAGGAGCUUUCUCCAGCAGAACGUCGUGCUCUGGAGGCAGAGAAACGAGCCAUGUGGAGAGCAGCACGGAUGAAAUCACUUGAACAGGAUGCUCUGAAAGCCCAAAUGGUUAUUGCCAAGUCCAAGGAGGGGAAAAAGCGCAGCACACUGGAGCAGCUGACGGAGUCACCUUCACCUGUCCCCACCCCAUCACCAACACCACUGGAAGACUGCAGUCCCAGAAACAUCACUUCACCAGGAAGGCUGUCCAUGUCUGAAAAGAAGUUUGACUACCGGGAAUUUGCUGCUAUUCCUUCCUCCAAACCUGUUUACGAAAUCCAGUCACCUGAUGCAGCUGAUGACCUCAGAUACGUAGAUGACAGAAAUAUCUCAGUUCCCCAGGAGCAGGAUGGGCAGCCAGAGGAAGAGGAAAUGUUAGUGACACACGAUUCAUCAACACCUACUUCAUCAGCACUGGAAGAAAUGGCCCUGUACAGCAGCAAACGCAAACUCCGACACAGCCGGCGCAGCUUGGAGGCAGCUGUCCCCACGUAGAAGAUCUGAUGGACUUGGGCGAUGGAAUAGCCCAGCACAGGCCUCUUGAGCUUCCUGUGCUCCAGGGACAGCACUGGACUGCCCA